GGAGCCGGAAGACCCCCCGCUCCUGGAAGGAGUCAGAAAUUCCCGGACGGGAAGGUGAAACCUUCAGGAUCGUCCCGGGGAAAACCGAAGGUGGGAUCACCUUGCUCCGGCGCCAUGGGUGUGAUAGGUGUACAAUUGGUUGUUACCAUGGUAAUGGCCAGUGUCAUGCAGAAGAUCUUACCUCACUAUUCUCUUGCUAGAUGGCUUCUUUGUAAUGGCAGUUUGCGAUGGUAUCAGCAUCCUACAGAAGAAGAGUUACGCCUUCUUGCAGGAAAACAACAAAGAGGAAAGAGCAAAAAAGAUAGGAAAUAUAAUGGCCAUAUUGAAAAUAAGCCACUAACCAUCCCAAAGGAUAUUGAUCUUCAUCUAGAAACAAAGUCAGUUACAGAAGUGGAUACUUUAGCAUUGCAUUAUUUUCCUGAAUAUCAAUGGCUGGUGGAUUUCACAGUGGCAGCUACAGUAGUUUAUCUAGUAACUGAAGUCUACUACAGUUUGAUGAAACCUACACAGGAAAUGAAUAUCAGCAUUGUCUGGUGCUUGCUUGUUUUGACUUUUGCAAUCAAGGUACUGUUUUCAUUGACUACACACUAUUUCAAAGUAGAAGAAGGUGGUGAAAGAUCAGUUUGUGUUACCUUUGGAUUUUUUUUCUUUGUCAAAGCUAUGGCAAUCUUGAUAGUUACUGAAAACUACCUAGAAUUUGGACUUGAAACAGGUUUUACAAAUUUUUCAGAAAGUGCGAUGCAGUUUCUUGAAAAGCAAGGUUUAGAAUCCCAGGGUCCUGUGUCUAAACUUACUUUCAAAUUUUUCCUGGCUAUUCUGUGUUCACUUAUUGGUGCUUUUUUGACUUUCCCUGGGUUGCGGCUGGCUCAAAUGCAUCUGGAUGCCCUGAAUUUGGCAACAGAAAAAAUAACACAAACAUUACUUCACAUAAACUUCUUGGCACCCUUAUUUAUGGUCCUGCUGUGGGUAAAACCAAUCACCAAAGACUACAUUAUGAACCCAACUUUGGGUAAAGAAAGUGUUCCUUUAAUGACAGAAGCUACAUUUGAUACUGUGAGACUCUGGUUGAUACUCCUGCUGUGUGUGCUGAGAUUGGCUCUGAUGCGUAAUCACCUUCAAGCUUACCUAAACUUAGCCCAGAAGUGUGUGGAUCAGAUGAAGAAGGAAGCUGGUCGAAUUAGUACUGUUGAUUUGCAGAAAAUGGUGGCGAGAGUGUUUUAUUACCUUUGUGUAAUUGCACUGCAGUAUGUGGCACCUCUGGUCAUGCUGCUCCAUACAACCCUACUUUUGAAAACUCUAGGUAAUCAUUCCUGGGGAAUCUAUUCUGAGUCUAACUCUGACUCUCUAGUGGAGGACCAUCCAUUCUCUGGUUCUAUUCACUCUGAAUUACCAUCUACUGAUGAAAAAAUGAAGGUAACUGUUACUCAGAUAACAAUGGCAUUGGGCAGCCUAAAGACCAUCUUUACUCCUCUGCUCUUCCGAGGGCUCUUAUCAUUUCUGACUUGGUGGAUUGCUGCUUGUCUCUUUGCCACAAGCCUUUUUGGACUUUUUUAUCACCAGUACCUGACUGUGGCAUGAACUAAUCAUCUAACAAAGACAGCAGCAGCAAAAGAUAGUGAUGGCAACUUAGUUAGGAGUCCAUGUGCCUUUGAAGAAACAUCUAAGGAAAAUCGGAAGAAAUCAGAAAGACUGAAGAAAAAUACAUAUCAUCCAAGUAGCUUCUUCUUCUUCUUCUUCUUCUUUUUUUUUUUUUUUUUUUUUAAAUGCUUCUUCUGUCUUCUCAGGGUGAAUUAAUGUUUUAAUGUUUAAAAUCACAAGUUGGUUUGUUAAUUUUCUUAUGUAAAUAGUGAGUAACUAUUGAAUCUUGGCUGUGGAACUGUGACUUUUUUCCUUUCUAUAUAUGGACAAAUAUAUAUGCAUCUGUGUGUGUGUGUGUGUGUGUGUGUGUGUAUACAUAUGCACACAUAUAUACAUACAAACAUACAUAUACAUUUACUAAUGUGAGAGGGCUAUUUAAAUGUUUAUGAUCACUUUAGUUUACAGAAACACUCAACUGUCCUUGUUUGAGUUCAGUCAUUGUCUGAUGCCUUUGAAUGGUAUUAAGGUACUGGUAAAAUUAAUGGUGGCUGCCUAGAGAACAAUCUUGAAACUGAGCCAUACUUGGGGGGGAGACAAGGGAGAAAAAAAUAAACUUCUGUUGGAACUGUAUUAGUUGCUCUUCCAGAUGAAUAACAGCAACUACAACAAAUCCAACAGAAAAGAAGAAACAGCUGCUGUAUAUUACAGCAAAGGAAGCUGUAGUAUUUUUUAAUUUAAUGGAGAUGUAAGUGCAUAAUACCAGCAAGUAUUGCUGCCUCAGCAUAGCAGGAAUUGUUAUUGUUAAACAUACGUUGUCUCAAUCUCUGCAAUUUUUUUUUAAUGGCCAUAUGAACAAUAAUUGCUUUUGAGUCUCACAAAUUUGAAUAGGCCUCAAUUUCUGGAGUUUUUUUCCCCAUGUUAUCGGACAAAUUUAUCUUAAAUCAGUAUAAAGAUUUAUCAACACUGAUCAAACUUUUAAAAAUGUUUUAGUCCUGCUGAAUGCAUAUGUGUAUUGUACAUAUUAUAUAUUAGAUAUAUAAUAUAUUAAAGUUAUAAAAGA